AUGAUUUCAGCGGACAGGAGGAAUCUCUGGGUGCGAUUGGGAGCGUUUAUAGCCUUGCAGAUGGAAGAUUUGACCAAUAUUAUCAUAGAGAAACGCACCAGGGCACAUUUUAGCGAUGCAACGGGUGGACCAAUUCAAUCGAGAAUCGUGGGUCGGGCUUGGGAUGAGGUCAUCCUGCAGAUGAUGAUUGCAGCAUGGAAAGAGCGCAGACUUCCGAUAGCCAAUCCUGUGACUGAGAACCGAGCAUUUCCAGUCUUGCUUAGCGGCUCAGCUGAUCACGCGUCAGCGCGACACCUCAUCAGCCUUAGUGGCUUGCCAUCCUGCGUGAUAGACAGUGGAAGUUUUCUCAUUAAUCUUGCAAUAAGUCCGAUUUUGGGCAUCCUUGCGUUGAUUCCCGUUCAAAUACAGCUCGGGGUUCUGGUCAUUGUGAGCCGUCUCAGGUGGUUUGGCAUCGGCCGAUUGUAG